AUGUCCAGUGACAAGAGCAAUAAAGACAUCUUCACUCUCUUUGACAAAAAAGGUCAAGGAUUCAUAUCGAACGAGUCGUUCGGUGACUAUUUGAGAGCAAUUGGCUACAACCCAACCAAUCAGCAAACUUUAGACAUCUUGGAAAAUGCUAGUGGUGAUCUAACGUUUGACAACAUCAUGUCUCUUGUUGAAAAGAAUAAAGAUAUGUUGAUCGCAACUACCACUGGUAAAGUUGAGGAUUUCAUCAAGGCCUUUGAAGUCUUUGACAAAGAAUCAACCGGUAAAGUAUCUGUUGGUGAUUUAAAAUAUAUGUUAACUGGUCUAGGUGAAAAACUUACAGAUGAAGAAGUUGACGAGUUAUUAAAGGGUGUGGAAGUCGAUAGUGAUGGUGGAAUCGACUACAGGAAAUUUAUCGAAGACAUACUAAGACAAUAA